AUGCCUUGCACGCCAGCAACUGCAAGAAGUUCUAAGGAAAUAUCACAACAAAUGGAAGAUGUCGUUUCUUUAUUAGAAAAUAUACAUGCCUCUUUAACUUUUCAUUUAGUUGAACGCUCCAUGAUAGCUUUAACUCCCAGAAACGCCGUUAAGAAUUCAGAAAAGUCAUCCGAAGCGUUGUCAAGAUCAAGAACUCCUACAAUCGUCGUCAAUAACUUCACACAAAUAGUGACAAACUAA